AUUCCCCUUCUCUUAUAUUCAAAAUCACGUUCACCUUUCUCCCUUCACUCAUCUCACAAACCAUGAGCACAAUCCACCAAACACACACUCGUCGCGAAGGUGAAGACAAAGAGUUCAGUUUCUGGGGCUCAUCAAACAUCAUACCUUCUGAAAAUGAUUGUGAUCAACCACAAGGUAAUGAAUCAAGGCUCAAAAAGGAAGCAUACUUUGGAGAAACACACCAAAGAAAAAGCCUUAAAUAUGAGUAUUCACGGUUUUGUUCAACAGUUUCAGACCCUUCAAGGAGCAAAGCUAUUUCAGAAGGACAAAGGGAGCUUAUGGAGAUGAUGCAAGACAUGCCUGAGUCUGGUUAUGAACUCUCUUUCCAAGACAUGGUGGUUCAUGAGAAGCAGGUGCUGGAACCAGAGCAACAACCACACCAAAAUGAAACUUCACUCGAGAACACUCUCAUGCAAAGUAGUAGUGGCAAUAAAGCUCAACUCAAAAGGGUAAGCAAAAAGAAGAAAAACAAAGGCAAUAGUAGUAGACCUGGUCAGAUAUUGCGGGUCGAAAGCAUGGACAGUGAAACCUUCCUCCUCAAGUUGUUCUUUCCUAUUUCUCUUGAUUGGAUGAAGAAGGAUAGAGCAAAGAAUGGCUCCAAGGUUUCUUCAAGAUCAUCAUUGCAGGAAUCUAUAAAACAAGUGGGAAAAGAAUGGAGAAUUAAAAAACUUUUCCUUUCAGGAGACAACAGAGAAGAUGGCAUAGGUCAAAAAAAUGGUGGCCGCAUCAAUAGUGACAUAAACAGGUAUGAUCAUCACAGCUUGUCCCUCUCGCAUGGUUGCUGGCCAUUCCUUCCUUAUGCAAAAAGCAAAACAAGGAAUCUGUGAGGAUAACAAACUAAUAAUAUGAAUAGUUCUGUUCCUUUGGAAGCUUGAGGUGCCAUGGAAAUUCACAACAGGAAAAAAAAUGUGAAAUAGAAGGAGACACCAUAGGUUGUUUUUCAAUUCCUUGGUUUAGUUAGUACUUAGUAGUAAUGGCAUUCAUUUGCAUAUUUGAUCAUCAAAAUUUCUCUUCUGGUGUUAUGGGAAAGAUGUUGGGGAAACGGUCCGGGGCAUGUAGUGUAAGCUACAGGAAUUAACCUUUGCUUCUUUCACUGUAUCAGUUAAAUAUUUGUUAGUUAAAAAACCAUAACCUCGUUAUAGUGAGUCAAGGAGGCAUAAUAGAGUAGCAUACAAAUAUGGACAUGUACCUUGUACGCUCAUUGUUCUGAAGUCUCAUCAUAGAGAAACGUAAGAUCACAGGACUUACUUUUGGUAUGCCACAGCACUUAAAACAUGUAGAGUUUUGUAGUCUGUUCGUGGAAACUUCAACUUUAUCUGAGUCGGUGUGUUUUGAAA